AUGGGAAGCAUGUGGGAUAUGGUGAAGCCAGCUUUGUUAAUGGUUUCAGUGCAAAUAGUAUUUUCAGCUUGCAAUGUUCUUUACAAACUUGCCAUUUUUGAUGGUAUGAGUACCAUUGUCAUUACAGCUUAUCGCCUUGCCUUUGCUGCGAUUACCACUAUUCCUUUUGCUCUUAUUUUUGACAGUGGAACAUUAUUUCAAAAUCUAUUCUAUGGAGCACUCGUUUUGGCAUCAGCAACUCUUGUAUCAGCAAUUUUCAACCUUAUUCCCGCCAUCACCUUUGUCUUGGCUGUAUGCUUCGGUUUGGAGAAAUUAAAUUGGGGAGCACCAACAGGAAAGGCAAAGGUUAUAGGAACUAUAGUUGGGCUUGCUGGGGCUUUACUUCUUACAUUUUAUAAAGGAGUUGAAUUUGAUAUUUGGCCUUUUCAUAUCAAUCUUUUGGAGCCAAAAGACAACCAAAUAGAACGUGCCACUGAUACUACCUCUGAAUUGUUAGGUGUUUUAUGUGCUGUAGUUAGUUGUUUUUGUUUCUCUAUCUGGCUCAUCAUCCAGGCUAAGAUCAGUGAACUAUAUCCAUACCCUCAAUCAAGCAUAGCUUUGAUGUGUGUAAUAGCAACAAUACAAAGUUUUAUUUUAGGUUUCAUAGUUGAGAGUGAUUUGAAUCAAUGGAAGCUUGGUUGGGAUAUCAGGCUUCUCACCGUAGCCUUUUCGGGAAUUGGAGCUUCUGGAAUAAUGUAUCUUGCCAUGGCAUGGGUUGUACAGACGAAAGGCCCUCUAUAUACGUCUGCUUUCAACCCUAUAAUGCUUUUGAUUGUGGCUAUCGUUGUAUCUAUGAUUUUGGAUGAGAAGUUAAACUUAGGAAGUAUACUUGGAGGAAUGUUGAUUGUGUGUGGCUUAUACGCGGUGUUAUGGGGAAAAGGUAGAGAAAUACAAAAGAAGAAUAUACUAGAGACCUUCAAAAGCGUUGGCGAUCCGGAAGCAACAAAACCAUUGUUGAGUCCAUGAAGAGCUAGGUCAUCAUAAAACACGACAAUAACACUCUCAUUGAAAUUCCAAUGCUUAACUAUGAAUGUUGGGAAUAGUUGCGCUCUCUUUAAAAAAAAAUAAAAAUUUCACUUUAGAUCAGAUGAAUUUAAAUUAUAUGUAUGUUUUUAAAAUAGUACUU